ACAUUGAACGUGUCCCGUCCCGACAUGUUUGGUUUUUCCCCUCCUCCAUAGUCCGCCUUGUUUCCCUCCGUAUCUGCCCAACUGUCAGUGCUCGGACGUUGUGUUUAGGUGUGAAUUCGAGUCCCGCUCUUGGGGAAUUUGAGGAAAGUCAUCCGACAUACACGUCUUCAGAGGACAGUAACCGAGCAUUUAAAUAGAUUCGCCAGACAUUUUAUCGCCUGUGUGCAGUUGCUUUGAAACUAAAGUAAAAUGGAUCCAAUGACUCAAUCCGCUCAGAUAUCAUCGUCGCAAGGGUUAGCCGAUGGACAAAAUUCGGCUGCCAAAGAAACAAAGCUAUCCGAUUCCUUUCUUUCCUCUUCGCCCGUAUCUCUCAUUCAGUCUCCUCAAGACAAAAGAGUGAUCCUGGGCUCUGACAAGCCCCGCGAAGGUGUUGCGACAUCCCUUCGCUUUCCUUCUCAAUCUGGCUCAUUCACUCCUGGUAAUUACGGGAGUGAUGCAGGGCCGCCGGAUGGACAACCCGACUCGCCGAUAAAGACAUCUCCUGUGUCAGAGCGAAUAAAGGCACUUGAAGCUCUUGCGGCCAAAAAGAAGGAACCUGAUUUUAGAAGUGAUGGAGGUUUCUCUCACUUCAGAGACCGCCAACAUGAAAAAUCUCCCAUUGACGCCCCCAAAUCUCCCAUCGACGCCCCCAAAUCUCCCAUUGACGCCCCCAAAUCUCCCAUCGACGCCCCCAAAUCUCCCAUCGACGCCCCCAAAUCUCCCAUUGACGCCCCCAAAUCUCCCAUCGACGCCCCCAAAUCUCCCAUUGACGCCCCCAAAUCUCCCAUCGACGCCCCCGAUUUUCCCAUUGACACCUCCGAAUCUCCCAUCAAUGCGCCUGAAGAUCCCAUUGACACCCACAAAUCUCUCACUGACAUGCCCAAAUUUUCCAAUGACACACCCAAAUUUCUUACAAAGAAAAUCACUCCAAAUGUCCAAGAAAGUGAAGAUUCAGCUGAUCAAGAGUCACCAGAAUCCCCCUUUGAAGUGCUUGGAGAUUUAAGACAAGUAAAUGACUUUGAAGAAACCGAAGAAUGGAUGAAGGCUCAUUUACCACCUGUGCCAGACUUUGGUGCUGUAGAUUUAAUAACAGGCACUGUUACUGCUGACAAUGUUGCGUCAAAGGGGGAGAAGGGGACUGACAUAGGUCUACCUAAUGCUCCUGCUGCCUUUGCUGGUGUCCCCACUGCUUUCAUGGAUUUUCCUGCUGAGGCUCCAGAUCUGAAGGAGGAGUUCAGUGUUGCACAGAAGCAGUCAAGUGUUGAGGAAGAGUCUGACUUUGAUCUAAGUUUUUUGCCAACAGCAUAUAUGUCUGAUCAGCAGGAAAAAAUGGCUGCCAUGACUACGUCAAAUCUUGUUUCAGUUAUUCCAGCUCGGUCUGCCCCUCCUCCAGGCUUUGACUCUUCAUCUCCUCCUGUCGAUCCAUCAGUUGGCGCAGAUGUUAAACAUAAUGUCUCUGAUGACAAGAAGACCACAUGGACCAUCGACUUGGAGCCCCCGGAGGCAAGCGAAGCUGACAGCUCAGGAGAAUCCGAUGACACUGUCAUUGAAGAUGGUGUAACUGUUUCUCCAUCUGUUCUUCCUGCAUCUUCUGAUCCAGCAGUUUCAACUGAUCCUAUCCCUGCUGCUGCAAAUCCCAAUCUUAUCACAGAGGAAAAUAAGCCUUCUCCACCAAAGUCUGAGAGGAAGCUGAUGCAGGUUCCGACAAUAAAUGUUAUUGAGACAGACGAGCCAAAUUACAGUGACGAGGAGAUGGAAAUGGAAAUGGAAAUUGAAGAUGAUGAUUACGAGGCUGAAAAAGAUUUUGUUAGAGAGUCUCCAAAAACCCUAGAGCAAGGUGAAUGUAUAAAGGAACUACCCAAAGUACGGCCCUUAGAAACCGAAUUUAUGGAAGGCUACUCUCCUCCAUCCUCACCUGUGCACUCAGAUGCUGAGUACUCUCCUAAACACAGCAUACUCAAAUCUCUUCCUGAAACUUUACAUCAGGAAUCUGCAUCAGAACUUGAGGCACAAUUUGAAAAACCCUGUACCACAUUCAGUACAGUAAAGGAUGAAUCUUCCCCUUUCAUAGUCAUAAAUGAAGAUGUGAAAUUCCCAGACAACGAUGAAGACUGGUCAGAUGAAGCACAAGAUAUCCUGGUCAAACCUUGCGUGACUCCUCAUUCUCAGCCCAAGGUGGAUGAAAAGAGCAUCACAGGUGCAAAAGAUGCAUACAUGGAGACUACUCCCCAAUCUAAAACUGGCUUCAUGCAAGAUGAUAUUUAUGACAGACAGUCGUUUGAUUAUGAGUAUGAUGCAUCCUCUAUCUUGGAUGACAUUGAUGACCAAGGGUUAAACAAUGCUAAGCAGCGGUUUCUUUCGGAUCCUUCUCAAAUCCUUAUUGAACCACUGAAUGCAUGUAGUCAAAAUCUGGAGGACUUCCCUGCAGUGAGUGAUGAAGAAGCCCUCACCAAGCCAAUUGAUCAACCAUCUCUAACAGAAUAUCCCAAUGAUCCAUAUUCCUCUUUCCAAAGUGAAAAACAAAGCAGCAUCAGCGAGCAAGAUUUAAUUAAAGAAAUGACAACUGAUGAUGUUACAGAUAACAUGUCAAAUGGCUGCUCCCUCGCAGCACAAAAUGCUGCAUCAAAGAUCCAGCAGGACACUAAAGCGGGUCACCAUGCACCUGAUUCAACAAGCAACACAGAAACCAUUGUCCCCGCCAGUUCAAUGUCUGAGCCUACAGAUAGCUUUGUGGAGUUCAUGCGAGAGUGUCUGAAAUCGAGGCAGGAUGAAGAGCCCGAUGACACUGUCCAAGCGGCCUUUUCCAACAAAAAGUUGUGCAAAACAGUUAUGCCUUCUUCUCAGUUUCCUCCAACCAUGGUGAUGGAUCUUGAACAAGAACGGCUGACUAUCAACGCUCUCAAAGAGUUGGGCAGCAGUUACGAAGAGGAGGAGGUGGAGCCUCUCCUGUCAAUGGUUUGUGACCAGAAUACAGGCAGCCCCAGCCUGACAUCUACACAGCAGUCUUCCUUUGCCGCAGCUCCCAAUCCUCCAUGCUCUCAAGGCAACCCUGUGUUAGACAGCACGUAUUCCAAAGAGGUAGAAGCCAUCGACGAAUGGGUGGCUGAAGCCUAUCAUCUUGCUGAGCAUGUCUUGACCGCAAUACUAACCCACCUAUCAGUAAAGGAUCUGAUCCACUGGCGGGACCCUAAGAAGUCGGGCGUGGUGUUUGGGCUGUCCAUGCUGCUCCUGCUAUCACUGGCAGCCUUCAGCUUCAUCAGCGUGGCCUCCUACCUCCUGCUGGCCCUGCUCUGUGUCACCAUCACCUUCCGCAUCUACAAGUCUGUUGUCCAGGCCGUGCAGAAGUCCAGCGAUGGACACCCCUUCAAAACCUUGAUCGAAAAGGAUGUCAGCAUCCCCCCGGAGACUUUCCGCAAGCACGUGGACUCCAGUCUGACCCACAUCAACCGAGCCCUGAAGCAGAUGAGCCGCCUCUUCCUGGUCGAGGACCUCGUGGACUCCCUGAAGCUGGCUGUGGUCAUGUGGCUGUUCACCUACGUCGGCGCUGUCUUCAAUGGAAUCACCAUCCUCAUCCUGGCUGACAUCCUCCUCUUCGCCGUGCCUCCCGUCUACGAGAAGAACAAGACCCAGAUUGAUCAGUACAUUGACGUGAUACGCACCCAGGUUAACACCACGAUGGCCAAGUUGCAAGAGAAACUUCCCGGAGCUGUGAAGCGCUGCAAAACUGAAUGAUCAACCCCCCGAUCGGAAGCCUCCACGACACCAUCGCCCUCAUCCUCCAUCUUAGAGCCCUCUUACCUUCUCCGACCCCUCUCCAGAUAACGCCAGUUUAAUUCCCACCCUCCUCCACCUUCAAACACCUCCUUACCACACUGAAUCUUCCUAGGUAGAAAAUCUCUUGCGCUGUUAUUCAAUGUAAAACUACUGCGCAGCUUAACUUACAAGCAUUAAAAAGAACUGUGCCUGUGCAGACAGGAAGUGUGUUGCUAGCGGGGAAGUGACGUAGCGCCGCGGCGGACCCUGACUGUCUGUGGGCGCCGUUGGGUCCAGUGAACUAGACUGAAUAUAUGACCUGGUUUCAUUGUAUAGAGCGAGCGGGGGGCAGGGGAGUGAUGGCUGUCCACCUCACAAAAAAAGCAAAUGUCUGUACUUCAAUGCACGCAUAAUCCUAAAGGUUAACAGAUCAUUUGUGAUGGAAAAGUAAAUAAAAAAAGGUUUAAAUAAAGCGUGCUAAACGGAGCGUUUUGGGUGUCAUGUGGCUAGUCUUGUCCUGCUCUACUGCUGUUAAUAUGACUUAGAUUUAGAGGCUGUUAACCGUUCUGCUGAAAUGCCUCUUAGCGACCUAGCCUGACUCGCCUCACAGGCAAUUCUGUAUGUUUCUGUAAUGCACUGAACAUUUAUUUUUAAAUCCACAAGCAGGUUGAAAUAAAAGCGUUGGAACACUGAGCCAGUGGUGAUAAUUUGGUCUAGUUCACCCUCUUCAGAAGCAUUUUUCCGUAUGUAAAUAUCCACCUGGAAUACAGUCUCUUGCUCUUGCUCGCUCUCGUUCUCUGAUUAUCUCUCUCUCUCUCCUCCCACGUACGGAGCACAUUAGCCCCGCUUUUUAUAUCAAAGGGAAAGUUCCCUCACAGGAGCACUGCUUUUGUCUCACCUGUUCUAGCCACAGUGUCGAGGACUCGCACUCAAUUUUACAUUUUUCUUCUCACUGCUUAUUACUAUUAUUGAUAUUAAUGCUAGGAUUGCUGCUUUUGACUGGCCAGUAGCUUGACAACAGCCUUGUAGGAGUUCUGUUAACUGUCAUUGAGCUUCGUUUUAAGGUGGAGGUGUUUCCGAGGCCUAUGAAAUCAUUUUUGAUUGUUGGAUAAGUUUAAAGAUUCUCUCUGACGUCCUGUCACCUCGAAGCGGCCACUUCAAUAGAUAUGGACUUAAUCGUAAAUAAUUGAACAUUAAACUAGCAUUCCCCGAACAUUUGACGGCAGAGGGAAAUGGAGCAGCUCUGUAGAGUAAUAAUAAUAAAGUUCAGAUGUGUUUGAUCUUUUUUUUGAGGGGGUGAAUAAUAACUUGAACUCUCAAUAUGAGUAUAAUUUAUUGAAUUCAAUAAAAAAAAGAUAAUUGCUUGUUAAAAUUUUGCUUUUUCUUUAUUCAAAGUCUAACUAUUAUUUUCGCAUGUUUGACUCCAUAUAAGCCCAGCAGUGACCUGAGCUGAAGUCCAAUAGGAUGUGGGGGGGGGGGGUUAAAUACGCGUGUAGCCAGGGAUAUGGAAGCGCUUUUGAAGUGCUUACUAUAGAACUCUGUCUGUCCCUUUGUUCCUUUUCUCUGACUGCCAAGAAGCGCAUGUCUUAGUGUAAGCUGGAAACAGAUUGCCACCCUUUAUAAAGGCUGUAUCAUAUUCUCUACCCUGGCUUUUGUUUGAUAUGAUUAUUACUCGUGACUGUUUCAAUGGUGUUUUUGACCUCGGUGAACCAUAGUCAUUUGUUAGCCACUGUUGUGUCUCCAUAUUGUUUUAAGGGAUGAAUAUAUAGAAGGACCGUGUGAGUGUGUUUUGUGUUCGCUGCGCCCUAAAUAAAGUUUGCACGGAAUCUCUGUGUACUGAACACCUCCUAAAUGCAGUAAAUUCCCAUUAAAACUACUACGCCUGCCUAGUUGUUUUCUCUGGCACACCCCUGAAUACUGACACUGUUAAUGUUUAUAUGCAUCCUGUUAAUUUAUUUGAAUGUGGAGAUGCUGUAUAUGGUAACUUAAAUUUGUCAUCUAAAAGCUAAUGGAGGUCAUUUGUGUUGGUUUAUGUUUAUUUAAUUGAUUUAAAGGGACAGUUCAACCAAAAUCACAGAAGAACAUGUUCCAGAAUUUAGAUAUAAAAGUUCAAUUUUGAACUUAUUUGGUGUAAUUUGUGGUGCUCACAGCAUUGCAUCAUGAGUCAGCACUUGACUUCUUUAUAACGUAGUUUUGAGGAAACUAAAUUCUGUUGUGUUAUUGUGGAAUCUAAGAUUGAUUUCACAAUUCAUCCAUUAGGUUGAACUGCCCCUUUAUUGUUUAACCAGCCCCCUCCAGGCUGAACCAGUGUGUUGGCAUAACACGCUGUUCGCUUCCCCAAAUGUGCAGCACCUCUUAACUAGUUCAGGAGGGGCCCUGAUAACGUGCAACAGCACCAAGGCUAAACAUAGCCGCCUACUCGGAUUCGGAGCCUAUUUUUUUUAGAGUUUAAUAUAUCAUGAAUUAGACCUGUUUCCGCACAGCAUGUUGUUUUGUUGUGUGCGUGUGUGUUGCUUUGACGUUGUUGACGAACAUGAGCUCUCUUUUGUAUUAGCUAUGACCUUGGUUCUGAUUUUUAAAGCUUUGGGGAAGAUGUUUCAAAAAGAAAGAUUAAAAAAAGUAUGUGGUCUCUGUACUGAUGUCAAAGUGAAAUUAAUAAAAACACGUCAAAGGAG